CGGAGCUAUGUUUGUUGCUCUCAGAACAAUCCAUGUGAAGAUUCAUUUGUCUCACAUGUUUGAACUUUGAAAGCAACAUUCUCUGGCAAUAACAUUAAUGUCAAGGCUCUUAGCCAACUUAGAUAAAAUCAAUAAUGGCUCAGUAACAAUUAGAGUCAGCUCUUAACCAAUUUGUUCUUAGAUUUUCACAGAUUGAUAUCCAUGAGUAAGCAAGAGAUUGAGGAAGAGAAAAUGAGCAAGACCCAGAAUGGAGUUAUCAUCUCUGUCUACGUGGAAUCACCCAAAAUUGGAUCUCCUCAAAGAACAAGAACUGCUGCUAUAAAGAAAAGUACUAACAAGCCCAAAUCAUCAUCAUCAUCAGUUUCCAAAAAGCCUCAAAUCGCAGCAAGAAAGAAAGGGUUUGAUCGCCGGGCUCAGCUUCUAGCCUACGCUAGAGAAUUGAGAAAUGCUGGUUCCCAAGAGGCUCAAAGGCCUAAGCUCAAGAAAUGGAAAUGGUUGACAAUACCAAUGAGCCUGUGCUUUCCGUCUCGUCGGAUUCUUGAAAGAACCAGUAGCCGAUGGAGAUAUGAGCGCAUACCAACAGAAGUUUACACAGAAAAUAUUGUAGAUUCGUCGUGUGGUUCCGAAUGCAUCAGUGGCAAGAAGAGAAGGGCCAUUAAGAGGAUCAAAUCUCACUUCUUUGUAAAACUUGUAACACAAUGUCUUUCAUUUAUUCUUUACCAUUUACUUUUCCCGAGUUUUGCAUUUUGGUUAUGAUAUUUGCUUUGUUUGUUGGUGUUUUUGCAGAGUAAAUUAAGGUGUAUGUUGAAAGAAUUAUCAUGCAGUUGUAAAAACAUAUGAUGGUGGUAUUGAUGAAGCUGAUGAUUGCAGAGACUACUCCAAUCUACAACGUUAAAUAUGUGUUUGGUUUCAUUUAUGAUUGUCGCAGAUUUAGAUCUGUUCUAGUCUUCUAGAUGAAGAUGUAUAGUUCAAUGCUGGAUCUUUUGUUUUUCUA